AUGAUUCGAAGUAGAGAAGAUUAUGAAUCAUCAUCUUCCGAGAUCGGAUCUGAUGAGAGUCUUGCUUACUCAUCUUGGAGUGAAGACGAAGAAGAACAAUUUUUAACAUCACCAAAGGAAAAUAAUGAUGAUGACAGCGAUGAUGAUUCAGAGGAUUCUUACUCGGAAAUUUCAAGCAAAAAGUUAAAAACAUUUCAUCAUGAUGAUACAUCUUCCGAAUGCUCACCGUUUUACUCUUCCGAAAAUUCCAACUCGGGAUUUUAUGGAUUGUUCAAAGAGGCUUCACCGAAAAGCGGUAGGCUUUUCAAAUCAAAUGAAGCUGAUAAAGAGGAAGUUCUUGUGGGGCAGCUUGAAGACUCAUCCUCACAAGAAGAACCCUCGUGUUUUUACAUGGAAUUGAUAAAUCCUGCUUUGAGGCAUUCUCACCAAUCAAAAAUUUCAUACUUUUCCAAUUUCAUGCUGAAGAAUACCGAUCUGAGCAAUAACAUUUAUGCGAUAGCUGUUGAUGGAAGAAGAGCUUUUAACAACGAAAAGAAAAAACAAAUCAAAUAUGUAUUUCAUUUCAGCCAAAUGUUACUUGUAAUGAAUGAAGAAUAUGAAAUUUUUGCAGCCAAAAUAGCUCCAAGAGAAAUAUUAAGUCAGUCACCAGUUGAAGUGUCACAAUCUAUGAAAAAAGCAAUGCUGUAUCUUUGUGCUGAUGAAAAGAACCGCUUGUCAAGCUUAAAUAAGCUUGGAGAGAUUGUAGCAAUACAAUGCACUUCUGGCGCUAUUUAUGUUGUGACGAAAAGAAAGGUAUUUUAUGCGACUAUUUCAAGACAGUGUCCCUACAAGAAGGAUGAUGGAACAUCAUGUAAACUUUUAUUCGAUUCAUGCUUGUGUGAGGUGGAUGAGGAUGAUUAUUUUAUUGACGCAGCAGCUUCAUGCAUCGAUCAUUUAAUUUUCUUAACAAAGAACAACAUUAUUUAUUCAACAGGUUGGAAUAGCACAGGAAUGCUUGGAAAUGGAACCACCGUCAGUCACUACAAUAUUGUGUCAAAAGUAAGAACCACACCUCACGAGCAAAAUGACACUGUUCGAAUGUUAUGCUGUGGACCUUUAACUUCCAUGUACGUCACAGAUACUCAUGUCUAUGCUGCUGGUGAGAUUGGACUGUUUCUAAACCCUCCAAAACAAAGUACUUCUUCCGUUUUUGUGCCUCUUAAAGAUUUGCCUUUUAAACCUUCUUCAAUCACAAGUAUCAACCAUGGAGAAAUUUGCACUUGUUUUCUAAUCGGUAGAAAUACAUUAUGGAUUUAUUGGAGCAUGGGGAAAAAACAAAUGAUAACAAUGCCAGAGAAUUUUCACCAAUUUUAUCCGUCAAUGACCAACGUUAUAUAUUCUUUGCAUGACGGAAAGAAUUUUUUCUAUCACGAGUUAGUUUUCGAAUUGGAUGGAAAUGCUUUGAAUUAUCAUGAAAAAGAAUGGGGCGAAUGUGACGAGAGAUGCUUCAACAACUUUAUUUCUCACCAAUCCGAAUAUGUAGUUCUAUUUCACAUUGAUAUAAUAUUUGCAAGGGAAAUGCUUGCUUCCCUCUACAACGCAACCAAACUGGAUCAAUUGACUGACAUUGUUGUGAAAUGUUUACCAGGUGAUUAA